GGUCAGGUGGUCCACGGGGGUUCUGUGCGCCUAUUUGUUUUCGGCUACAGGGCAGCGGCGGCCCUAAGGCACCCAACCACGCCAAGCCGGUGGCCGCCCCGGGCUAGCAUUUCUGAGAUAAAUAGGAGGGAGAGAGGGAGGGGCGAACGACUCCCUGAAUCUUCAGCAACCCGGAGUGGGAGCUCGGCCUGUGCUGCGCCGCGAUGUCUAGACCAUCAGCCAGGAGCCUGGGGAAGGGAAGCGCGCCCCCAGGGCCGGUCCCCGUGGGCCUGAUCCGCAUCUACAGUAUGAGAUUCUGCCCUUUUGCCCAGAGGACACUCCUGGUCCUGAAGGCCAAGGGAAUUCGGCAUGAAGUCAUCAAUAUCAACCUGAAAAAUAAGCCUGAGUGGUUCUUCAAGAAGAAUCCCCUCGGUCUGGUGCCAGUUCUGGAAAACAGUCGGGGUCAAGUGAUCUGCGAAUCUGCCAUCACCUGCGAGUACCUGGAUGAAGCAUAUCCGGAGAAGAAGCUGUUUCCAGAUGACCCCUAUGAGAAAGCUUGCCAAAAGAUGGUCUUUGAGUUGUUUUCUAAGGUACCACCUUUGGUAAAAGACUCUAUUAGAUGGCAAAAGAAGGAAAACAUCUCUGGCUUAGAAGAACUGCGUAAAGAAUUCAGCAAGCUAGACGAGGUCCUGGCCAAUAAGGAGACAACAUUCUUUGGUGGUAAUUCUCCUUCUAUGAUUGAUUACCUCAUCUGGCCCUGGUUUGAACGGCUGGAAGCCAUGGAGUUAAAUGAGUGUAUUGACCACACUGCAAAUCUUAAGCUCUGGAUGGCAGCCAUGAUGAAAGAUCCCGCAGUAGCAUCACUUUACAUUGAACCGAGCACCCAUCAACAAUUUUUCCGCCUUUACUUGCAGGACAGCCCUGAGGCCUGUGACUGUGGGCUCUGAUGGGGACAGGAGUCAGAAAAGGAGAUAUAUUUUCCUUCACUAAUAUGAAUAAUAACAUGCUGAAUAAUAACAUGCUUUUAUUUUACCAAA